AAAAAAAUUGCAAAACUCAUUCUAGAGGCCGGGGUCUUUAUAUCCCGGAUCUCUCCAGGUUUUUAUCUCCAAUCUUCUUACCCACUCCACUCAGUCACAAAUUGAUAGUGCAAUAACUCUUUUAAUUUUUCCUGUUUUAUUUCUCUUCUUCCGAUCCAUUAUAACAUAUUAUUACAAAUUUUCUCGCUUGUCUAUAUAUCUACAACUGCCCAUAUACUCUAUGCAUUGAGCUGUAGAGUGAGCAGAUAGAGGUACGCUGCUGAUCAACAACUCAUUUCAACUUCUUUCAGCUUUCAUAAUAGAAAAGUGCUACGUUUCUACUCUCUUCCCUACCUACAACCUUGCAGGGUACUCCGCAUAUCUCAACCCUAGCCAAGGAUGUUUGUAGUGGUCUUGUUGAUUGGAUUAUUGCUGGCAUGGGCUUAUCGAGCCACCCGCCCUCUGCCUCCCAACAUUUGUGGCUCGCCUUGCGGCCCGCCUAUCACAGCACCUAGAAUUAAGCUUAGGGAUGGAAGACAUUUGGCCUACAAGGAGCAUGGUGUGCCAGCAGAAGUGGCCAAAUAUAAGAUUAUCUAUGUUCAUGGCUUAUUUACUUGCAGACAUAGUGCAGUGAUUGCAAAAAAUCUCCCGCAAGAACUUGUUGAAGAACUAGGACUAUACAUUGUGUCAUAUGAUAGACCGGGUUAUGGAGAAAGUGAUCCAGAUCCAAAACAAACGGUGAAAAGUUUGGCUUUAGAUGUUGAAGAGCUUGCUGAUCAAUUGGGACUCGGUUCCAAAUUUUAUGUAAUUGCUUAUUCUAUUGGAUGCCAUGUGGUCUGGGGCUGCCUCAGGUACAUUCCUCAUAGGCUAUCAGGAGCAGCAUUACUUGCUCCUAUUAUCAACUAUUGGUGGCGAGGUUUGCCUUUGAACUUGUCUACAGAGGCCUACUACAAACAACCGCCUCAAGACCAGUGGACACAUCGAGUUUCUCACUAUAUACCAUGGCUAACCUAUUGGUGGAACACACAGAAGUGGUUUCCUGCACUUAGUGCUGUACCCGGAAAUCCUAAUAUUUUCUCUCGUCAAGAUUUAGAAAUAACGUCAAAGAAGGUUGGGAAACAAAUAAACAAGGCACACAUAACUCAGCAAGGAGAGUUUGAGUCCAUACAUCGUACCAUAAUGGUUGGAGUUGGGAAUUGGGAAUUCAGUCCUAUUGAUCUUGAGAAUCCUUUUCCUAACAACGAAGGUUCGGUUCAUCUAUGGCAGGGUGAUGAUGAUAGGAUUGUAGCAAUUCCCUUACAACGCUUUAUUGCCAAAAAACUUCCAUGGAUUCAAUACCAUGAGUUACCAGGUGCUGGACACUUUUUCGCAUAUUCUAAUGAAAUGAGCCAAGUUAUCAUAAAGACACUUUUAUUUGGGGAUAAAUAAGCAUGUUUGUUGCUGCAGGGUUACUACUUUCUAUUUUUUCUUUUUCUAGUUUCUUUCACCUCCUCUUUUUCUUUUAGUUUUUCCCCUCUUUAUCAUUGUAUUGGUGGACAAUAUGUACUUCUAUAUCAGUUUGUUCUAAGAUUAUCAAAUAAAAUAUCAGUUUGUUUUAACAAAACUA